AUGGCCGGAGCAGUACGACAGCCCAUUGACCUAGCCUCUCUCGAGCGCUACAUUGCCUCCAACGUCCCCGAGAUUGCCGUCCCGGUCGACAUCAAGCAGUUUGGCUAUGGCCAGUCCAACCCGACGUACCAAUUAACAGACAAAAAUGGCAAGAAGUUUGUCAUGAGGAAGAAGCCUCCCGGGCAGUUGUUGUCCAAGACGGCCCACAAGGUCGACCGCGAGUAUAGGAUCAUUCAUGCGCUCGAGAAGACGGACGUCCCCGUUCCCAGGGCGAUUUGCUUGUGCCAGGAUGAGAAGGUGAUUGGCACCGAUUUCUACAUUAUGGAGUUCUUGGAUGGAAGGAUAUUCGAGGACCCUGCUAUGCCGGAGGUUACGCCCGAGGAGAGGACAAAGAUGUGGCACUCGGCCAUUACCACGCUUGCCAAAUUCCACCGCGUGGUCCCCAAGGACGUGGGCAUGGAGAACUACGGCAAGCCUUCCGGAUUUUACAAUCGCCAAAUAGCCACCUUCAACACCAUCUCGAAGUCGCAAGCCGCAGCAGUUGACAAGGACACGGGCAUCCCUGUUGGCAAGAUCCCCCACCAGGACGACAUGGUAGCUUUCUUCAGUGAUCCGAAGCUGCAGCCCAAGGACAGGAGCAGCUUUGUGCACGGAGACUACAAGAUCGAUAACGUUAUCUUCCACAAGACGGAGCCGCGGGUGAUUGGUAUCCUUGACUGGGAAAUGUCCACCAUUGGCCAUCCCCUUUCCGACAUCGUCAACCUCCUUGCUCCCUACGUCACAGCGUCUUCCCAAAAGGCCUUGGCUAUAGGUCGUGCCAACGUAGCCUUCCAGCCAGGCGCGACGCCCGGCCUCCCUACUAAGGACCAGCUAAUAUCGUGGUACUCGGAAGUAGCUGGGUGGGACCCGCGGCCGGACAUCACCUGGGGCGACGCCUUUGGAACCUACCGCUCCGCCAUCAUCAUGCAGGGUAUCGCAGCUCGUUAUGCUCUGCGACAGGCCAGCAGCGCGAAAGCGCAUGAGUUUGGCGCGCAGAUGGCGCCGUUCGCUGAGGUGGCGUGGGAUCUGGUGCAAGAGUUCAAGAGGAGUCACGAGAAGGCGAGAUUAUAG